AUGGCGAACAGAGCCCAAGUCGCCCCGUUGAUUGUGCGGCCACCCGGAACGCCCGGAACGCGCGGAACGCCCAUCGUGCGGGCACCGGUACAGGUGGUGCACACUGGCGCACCGCCAGUACACUUCAUACAUGCUCCCAACCUUCAAUUAGGGAGGGGGAUAUCAAGGGACUUGGCCCGUCAAGGAUGGGAAGCAGUCCAACGUACAGCACUUCAGGUGGUUGGCCAACCUGUGGAAACCUUCGAGUGUAUGAUAUGUUUAUCGAAUUUGCCUUUGCAUGAAAGAAUCGUUUUCCGAGACUGUCGUGACCCCAAGCAUGGCUGCUGCAGGGACUGCACACGCCACUGGAUUAAAGAACGUGUAGAGUCAGGACAAGUCUUUAGCAUCACGUGCGCCCGCCGGGCAAUGUGUGACUGCAAUGCACGUGCUAACGAUGAUGAAGUUUUGCGGCUUACAGAUGCAGCCACCUAUGCAAAGUAUCAGCGCUUCAAAGAGAUUCGCCAAGAUGAUACCAUCAGAGAAUGCCCACAAUGUGGGCAGAUGUGUAAACCAACUAUGGUGCAGGGGGAGAUCCGUGCAGAGAUGAUUUGCCCAGCCUGCAGAUGCAAUUUUUGCUACUACCAUUCAAAUGCCCAUGCUGGUCGCCCUUGUGAUGAGUACAGCAGAGAGAUCUCCAAACAAUUGAAGGAGAUGGAGAAUGGUGCCUUAGCAGAUACGAAGCCAUGCCCAAGGUGUGGACUACACACCGCAAGGACAGGUGGUUGCAACCACAUGACCUGUAUCGAAAAUAGCUGCAGGUGUCACUGGUGUUGGGUCUGUGGUCAAGAGAUCAUUGGCGGUUCAGAUGGAGUCAUGGAUCAUUAUUCUGCUACAGGAUGCAAUCACUUUCCGGACAUUACCGAAACGACAACGCCAGGAUUUGUUUUCACCUGCCUCAAAGUCAUGACGUUUCCAUUUCGUAUGAUCUUCGUGAUGUUGGCUUUUUUGAUCAUGCUUGCAUGUUUGCUGAUCUCACCCCUGACAUUGUUGACGGUGUGUUGCAGCACUUGCUUUUGCUGCAAUAAGCUGCGAUUUCGAAGUCACACAGUGAUCAAAGCAAUUCUGCUGAUUCCUGGUUUCUUGCUCUACGUUGGCAUUGCUCUGAUGUGGAUGCUCAUGGUGUGCUUUUGUAUGGGUAUCUUCUUCUUUACCAUCAUGCCUGCCGAGCAGUGCCUUACCACCUGGUGUGGUUGUGACCAGGUCUUAGCUCCAAACUUCGAUCGCACUCACGCCCUGUGGCUCCUCACCGUGCCCUUCAACUCCCUUGACCCAGUGCGCCACGCCCUGAUCUGCUACUUUGCCAGGUGGAGAUGCCCAGGUCGACAUGACAACUCGAGCUCCGAGAGCUCAACCAGUGAGUCGGAGGAGAUCACUCAGAUUCUUCAGAGAUAUGCCGAAACGGGCGAUGUUUCUGACGUGGAAAAAUCCUACCAGCAUAUUUUGGAUUCAGGCACAAUGCUGUCUGCCGGCCUUUACAACAAAGCGCUUGAGGCUAUGGCUGCGGCAGGGCAUCCAGCCCAUGCAAAGAACUUUUUGGGCUUCAUGGAAAAGCAGGUUCAGCCAGAUGGGCUUGGUCCUCAGCGUAAAAAACGGGCCGUCUACAGGGCUGGACAGGGCCGAACGUUGUCCCGUUUGAUCCUGGUCGUGCUCCUGGCGCCCUCUGUGGCCCUCGAGUCGCGCUUAGAUGAGGACUCUGAAUGUGUUGCCAACUCCGACUGUGCACUUCAUGCACUCCAGCGGAGGGCAGCUGCAAAGCAGACUCAAGACUCCAAGAACCAGGAUGUCUUUCCCAUUGGAGACACUCCUGGUCUUCCCGACUUCGACAUUCCUGGCCUUCCUGGCAUUGGAGACUUGCCCUCCGAGGAUGACAUGAAUACUCCAGAGGAACCUGAAGACGAUGAAGAGUCUGAAGAUCACGAGGAAGCAGAUCACGAUGACGAUGGUCACGAAUCCGUAGAAGAGGAGUCAGAGGAGGAAGAGACUAACGAACCGUACACAGGGCCGCCGAUGCCUCCUCUACCAGCAAACCCGCCAACGCCUAUUCCUCCAAGUUUUAAGACAGUGAAUCCCAUCAUCGUGCGUGGAAACUUCCUCUACGACUCGGUUGGCCCAGCAACCCUGCUAGGAGGCGAUAUGCUGUCGCCUCUUCGAGCGCUUGUGCUAGUUGCGAGCAUCAGGCUAUGCUUGAGUCAGAGCGCCGAAAGCAGCGCCACAGCUUUCGGCAGCGUGGUCCAGGCGGUCGAGACUGCACCUGGAGAGGGCGCCAGUGUCACAGGGGUUCACAACCUUGUGUACUAUACCUUCUCCAAUGACUAUCCUUAUGCCUGCAAAUGCGAACGCCAGGUAGCCGGCAGCAUUGUUGGUUACUGCAAGAACGACAACAACAUGCCUUGCUAUUUGACCCAGGAUGUCAUAGAUGGAGGAGUUGGUCUAUGUGUUGGCUGGCGCUCGCAGCUAGCUGGCGAUGAGGCAUCUUUUCCUGAAGCCUCGCUGAUCAUGGUGACUGGAGAUCGAUUCUUUGCGAAGGGCGUGGCCUAUAAUCCUCGUAAUGAACACUAUGACAAAUCCUUUGGGCAGAAUGUGAAGGUGGAAAACUGGACAGACCACUGCGUUCCAGGCCGUCCCAAGGGUGGUGAAUGGUCAUACACCGAGGACGUCAUUGCCGACGAGCACGAAGACGUUUGGAGUGUCGAUCUAGAGGCAAUCGCAGAUCUUGGUGCCAACACAGUUCGCCUUUACAACGUGAACCCGCAGAACAAUCACUCCAAGUUUAUGGAGAAGGCGCUUUCACUGGGUCUUUAUGUCAUUGUGCCUCUGAACGGAAAAGACUGGGGCUAUUUGCCAGCUUUUGCAUCACCCAAUUGCUACACACAGGAGAUCGAAGGAUAUGGAAAUGUUGGCGUGAACGCUUUCAGUUUUGCCAAGCAAGUCGUGCAGGAGUUCAGCCGGUACAACAACACACUGCUGCUCACUGUGGCGAAUGAACUGGCACAGAACGACAAGAAUGGCUGGGCGGCAUUUCCGUGCGUCAAAGCCCUUACCCGCGACGUGCAUCGAUACCAGGCCGAAUGCGGGCAGACUAUGCGACGUGUUCCUUUGAUCUAUUCCGAUGUGGACAUGGGCGCAGGCGACCGUGGGGAAGUCGCAGCCUAUCUGACCUGCGAGCUUGAUGACGAGGAUGAUGCCGUUGACGUGUACGGCCUCAACGUCUACUCCUGGUGUGAUGAGGAAUAUCCUGGAGCGGGCAAAGCUGACAACUUCCAGUAUUCGCCUUAUUAUGAGAUUCAGAAAGACUUCAAAGACAUCUCUGUGCCCUUCCUCUUUACCGAAUUUGGCUGCAACUUGGGAGCCUUCAAGACCAAAUGCCCGUAUCCCGGUGGCCGCACAUGGCCAGAGGUGAAGCAUUUGAUGGGCGAGGACAUGGGAGAAAUGAUGAGCGGUGCCAUCGCUUUUCAGUUUUCCAUGGACAAGGAAGAGUAUGGUUUAACGCUGUCCCCCGACUUUCUGGCCAACCAGAGCAAGCUGUACUUGUUGGACAACUACUUUAAUCUUCAAAAGGUGUUCAACAAGUACCACGUCAAUUCGAGUUGGAACGCUCCUGCGUCUGAAGUCAUGCAGUGCAACUUCCUUCCGUCCGACGUCCACCCUAUGGAAUUCAAGCACCACAGGCCAAAGUGUCCUUCCAAGGCCGUUUGGACAAAGAUCAUGAAAAAACAUCGUGUAGAUAACAUUUCAAACUGGAGUAUCAUCCCACCGACGCCCAACGCAAGCCUCACUGGGCUUUGGAAUGUUGGCAAGGAAGAGUGCCCAUCUGCUGCAGUCAAUGGUGCCAUCAGGGAGAACAACUGCUGCCACUAUGAGUGUAAGCAGUCCUGA